AUGUCUUUGGACGAGGAGCGCGGGGAGACUGGCGCCGGGGUGUACAAGAUACGUUCCGAAGAUGACGCCGACCUGGGGUCGGGGAAGGACUGGCAGCGGCUGUCCAACGGGGCGCAACAUGGCGGCGCAGUGGGUCCAGCCGAGGGCGCUGCCACACCUUUCGAAGAGGCCGUCGCCUUGACAGGGGUGGGCCGCUUCCAUUACGUGCUGGUGACUGUCUGCGGCUUCUGCCUCAUCUCCAUGAUUUUCGAGUCUCUGGCGGCGGCCUACGUCACGCCGGCGGCCCAGUGCGACUUCGACAUGACGUCAUUCGAAAAGGGCUUCCUCAGCGGAACCAUCUACGUGGGCAUGAUCGUGAGCUCGCACCUGUGGGGCUUCGUGGCGGACACGCGCGGCCGGCGGCAGGUGCUGCUGGUGACGCUCGCCCUCAACUUGGUGUGCUCUGUGGCGGCCGCCCUCAUGCCCACGCUGCCCCUCCUCAUAUUCUUCAGGUUCCUCAACGGCGUCUGGAUCUGCGGGCCUUCUGCCGUGACGUACGCCUACCUGGGGGAGUUCCACUCGGACAAGACGCGCACCCAGGCCAUCGUCUACGUCUGCAUCUUCCUCUCCAUGGCGCUCCUCGUGGAACCAGGACUGGCUUGGGCGGUGAUUCCUCAGCCCUGGGCUGCCCCGCUGCCUUGGAUCACGAUGCGGUCCUGGAGGGUUUUCCUGAUCCUGGGCGCUGUUCCCAGCGCCGCCACCUUCCUGGGGCUGUGGCUGCUGCUGCCGGAAAGCCCCAAGUUCCUGCUCGCUGUCGGCAGGCACGACGAAGCGCUCGACGUCCUGCGCAAGAUGUUCGCCACCAACAGCGGCCUCCCACCGGACAAGUACCCAGUGAAGGAAAUAGCAAUUGAAAUUGUGGUGAGACGAAGUCCCCAGCAGCGCGUCGUGUGUCGCUGGGACGCCUCUGACCUCGCCGCCCGUGCCUGUGUCCAGGUGGCGGCCCUGCAGGGGGACGCGCUGACGUCAUCGCCAGUAGGCGUCAACACCAAGUCGCCGCUGGCCAUCGCGCGCCACAUGUGGAGGCAGACGGUCCCGCUGUUCAAGCCGCCUUACCUGCUCUAUACCGUCGUCGCCUGCUUCAUUCAGUUCGGGCUCUACGCCAGUUCCAACGGCUUCCUUAUCUGGCUGCCAGAGUUGCUGAACCGCAUGGGCCAGUACAGUGAGGCCUACCCCAACCACCCUGCCACUGUGUGUGACGUCAUCGCCGUGCUGGCGGGCCAGCUGCCACCACCAGUCACUGUGGAACUGCUCCAGGCCAACUACUCCAGUGUGAUGGAGAGCUACACAGCAGCUGAGGAUGUGAUAGUCAGCAACUGGACAGUAGAGCUCCUGAGCGCAGAGCCUGGAGCCAACUGGACUACCACCGUGCCGGACGCGAUGGUGAGCAACCUGACCAGCUGGGUCGGGGACGUCACCACUGGGGCUGCUUCCCUGGAACUGCCUCCAGCACUGGAGGUGUGCGUCGCCACAGUGAACCCAGUGAGCUUCCAGAAUACGCUCAUCACGGGCGCGGGCUUUGCUGUCAGCUACAUCGCCAUCAGCCCCAUCAUCAAGGUCGUCAGCAAGAAGACCAUCCUCGCGGUGUGCCUGACGGUGUCCGGGGCGUGCGGCGUGGCCGUACUGUGGGCGCAGACCGACCUGGAGGUGCUGCUGCUGCCGAUGGCCUUCAUCGUGCUCUCCGGGAUGUGCGUGUCCGUCGUUAACGUCGUCGUCGUCGAUACCGUCCCCACCUAUCUCAGAGCCAUGGCGGUGUGCCUGUCGCUGUGUUUCGGCCGCCUGGGCACCUUUAUCACGUCCCUCAUGCUGGGUGCCCUCAUAGACUCCAACUGCGUCCUCGCCAUCGCCAUCCUUGGAGGAUACGUCGUUGGUAUGUAG